AUAUUUUUAUCGUAACACGAUGUGUUGUAAAGGUAUUUUCUUGUUUUGCCUUGUAGCCGCAGUUUUUCAGAAAACUACAUGCCUACCUUUAGGAUACCAAGGUGCAAUAAGUCCUUGCAACCAGCUCAUUCCAGAAUCCAUCGCUGGAUCACCAAUCAUCACUGAAAUAGUGCCAUCUUUACAAUUCGGUGACAUCACAGUUUCCGGUGACCUGCCGAUAGGUGGCAGUAUAAAAGUGAAAGGAGUUUUCCCAGUUUACGGCACGGUGACGUUAGAUGGCGCGCUUCCAUCAUCUGGAUCAGCUGUUGUAAACACUGGGUGCGGUGUUGUAUCACAAGUUGUUUAAAAUGUGUUUUUGUAAAUAAAUUAUUUCUUGUUGUUAUUGUUAUA